GGACAGCCAGCAAAGACAUGAGCACGAAGCAAAAGAACAUACAUCACGCCUCGGCCGGGAUGCACACAGGGAGAGAGAGGAGAGGGGAGAUCAGACAAGUGCGCGACUCGAGAGGGAGGCGGUGAACAGGAGAGAAAGCGAGUUCGCUACAGAGAGAGAAGCUAGGGAGGGAGAGGGUUACAUCAUCGCCUAGGCGCUGCAGCAGCCUUGGUGCAGCGGCGCGUCGUCAAAACUGGCAGCUAGCCAGAUGGUGUCCACACUCUCUCCUGCGUCUCUUAUCCCUUCAUCCCAGUUUUAACCCUUGCUAAGCCCCUCUUAGCCCGGCCUCCCCUCGAGAACACGCCGGCAAACCCAGAGGCUUAGCCUGGCUACACACGGGCCGUCGGCGAGCAUGGACUUCGACGACCACGACGACGGCGACGAGGAGAUGCAGAUGUCCAUGCCCAUGCCGGUGAGCUCCAGCUACGAGCCUCCGCCGCCGCUGUCCACGGGGUUUGGCGGCGCCGGGGUUGCGCCCAACAAGCCUCAAGAACCACGCGGUCAGUAUGGUGGUAGUGGUGGUGGUGAGCUUGGCGGCCGUGCCAAGGCCCCCGGCGGCGGUGCCAGGUACCGCGAGUGCCUCAAGAACCACGCGGUCAGUAUCGGAGGGCACGCCGUCGACGGCUGCGGCGAGUUCAUCGCCGCCGGCGAGGAGGGCAGCAUCGACGCGCUCCGCUGCGCCGCGUGCAACUGCCACCGCAACUUCCACCGGAGGGAGUCCGACUUCCCCGCGGGGGGCGAGGGCUCGCCCUUCUCUCCAACCGCAAUGGUCCCCUACGGAGGCGUGCCGCACCACCAGUUCUCGCCCUACUACCGCACCCCGGCGGGCUACCUGCACCACCACCAGCACCACAUGGCCGCGGCCGCCGCCGCCGCCGCGGCAGCCGCAGGGCACCCGCGCCCGCUCGCGCUCCCGUCCACCUCCCACAGCGGCCGCGACGACGCAGACGAGCUGUCGGGCAUGGCGGCGGGGCCCAUGUCGGCGCUGGCCCCGCUGAGCAGCAUGUCCCUUGGCGCCGGCCCGUCGGGGUACGGCUCCGGGUCCGGGUCCGGCAAGAAGCGGUUCCGCACCAAGUUCACCCAGGAGCAGAAGGACAAGAUGCUGGCCUUCGCGGAGCGCGUGGGGUGGCGCAUCCAGAAGCACGACGAGGCGGCCGUGCUGCAGUUCUGCGACGAGGUGGGCGUCAAGCGCCACGUCCUCAAGGUGUGGAUGCACAACAACAAGCACACCCUCGGCAAGAAGCCGCCCAGCAUUUGACGGACCCCGGUCCCCCUGGCCGGCGACCGUCCGCGUGCACGAUGCGUCUGGCGUCCUGGGCCAGAGCUGAGCUAGCUGAUCGCCCCACCGUCACCGUGGCUAGCCUCCGAUAGGUACCUGCAUGUGCUUCUCUUGUUCAGCUUAGCUAUAGCAUUCGCGCUUGACGACGUUCCCCUCCGCGGCGGUGCAUGGCUAGCUUACAUUAGGUUAAUCUGUAGCGAGCGUUCCUUCGUUCUUGGCUGGAUUAAUUUAGGUGGUCCUCUAUUUUAUUUCAUUUUUAUUUCUAUUUACUGUUGCUCAAAUUCCUAGCUGUGGCGCCAUGGGCAUUUGCUGA